AUGUGUAAAUUAUUAUAUUUACUUCAAUUGCUAUUGAUUGGUGUAUCCUCUGAAAAAUGCGAAGCCGGGUAUUAUCUAAGUGAAGGAAAUUGUGUAGAGUGUAAAGAUGGAUAUUAUUCAGUUAAAGGAACUGUUGACGAAUGCACAAAAUGUAACGAGUUGUGUGCGGCCUGCGAUAAAACAAAUGGGAAUUGCACAAGUUGUGUUGGUGGGUGUAGUUUCAAUGGUCGUAGCUGCUUGUUGUGCGCUGCUGGGUAUUUUUCAAAUGGUGGAACAAGUUCAUGCACAGUGUGUCGGAGUGGUAGUUACUCGCUUGGUGGUGCUUCUACGUGUUUAAGUUGUGAUUCUACAUGUGGUAGUUGUGAUAAAACCAAUGGCAACUGCACAACAUGUAAUUCUGGUUAUAUAUUGACGGAUGGCAGAUGCACACCAUGUCGGGCAGGGACGUAUCCAAGUGGCGAUAUGUGUGUGAAGUGUCCAACUAACUAUUACUCAUCAAGUGGUUCUAUUUCAUGUACAAAGUGCGACACGACGUGUGUGACAUGCAAUUCAACGAAUGGGUAUUGCACAUCGUGUCAAAUUGGAUAUGCCACCAACAACAAAGUGUGUACAAUAUGUGCAAGUGGGUAUUACGAGCACAAUAACGCAUGCAAGCCGUGUGAGAAUGGGACGCAUUCAUCGACAGGCGGGAGCACUGAAUGCAAGCCGUGUCAGGGUGGGUAUUACAGUCUGAUUGGGUAUUCUGAGUGUGUACAUUGUGAUGGUCUGUGUGGUGAUCACUGUGAUGCUGCAAGUGGGAAGUGUCUGAGUUGCAUAAGUGGAUAUGUCUUACAACCAACAGGCGAGUGUGUUGGCUGUGAAGGUGGGCAAUAUGCAAAUACAGCAACAAACAGCUGCAAGUUGUGUGCUGCUGGAACGUAUUCAGAACAGAAUGCGACGUCUUGUACAAGUUGUGUUGAAGGGCACUAUUCCUUUGAAGGUGCCACCAGAUGUAAGGCAUGUUCAUCUGUUUGCAACACUUGUGACAAAACAACUGGUGUGUGUCUGACGUGCUAUUCAGGGUAUCAACUAAACGCUUCGCAGAGCUGUGAGAUAUGCCGACGUGGGACAUACUCAUAUGGCAUAGAAUGUGUUGAUUGUGAAGAGAUGAAAUACCAAAGUGAGGAGGGGCAGUCUCUCUGUCUUGCAUGCAACACAAACUGUGCGUCGUGUGAUAAAACAAAUGGAAAGUGCACAACAUGCAAGGCUGGAUAUGGUUAUGAUGAUGGAAGUUGUACAUUGUGUCAUGAUGGCUACUAUUCCACAGGCGGGACAGCCAGUUGCAUGUCGUGUCCAGUUGUUUGUGAUAAUUGCAUCGGAGAGAGUGGUGUGUGCUCGUCGUGUUUAUCUGGUUAUAAGAAAGUUGGAGGUGAAUGUACAUCAUGUGCAUCAAAUGGAAAUUGCAAUUCGUGUGAUUCAGACGAAAAUGAGAGCAACAGAGUGUGUGUUGAAUGUGCAGAGAAUUAUUAUUUAAAUGAUAAAGACAACAGCUGCUACUUGUGCAACACAAUUGAUCCCAAUUGUGAAACGUGUUCACGAAAUGCAAAAGUGUGUGUUGCCUGCAGCGACGACUUUGUGACAAACGGCACAUCGUGCAACAAGUGUGGUGCAAGCGAAGUCAAAAUCGACACACAAAGCUGCAUGAAAUGUUAUGACGCCAUCAACAACUGCAACGACUGCACUUCGUGUGUGUUGGGCUACACUGAAGGUACUCACUACAACUACAUCACAAACACAUCAAUAUUAAAUGACAACAACUGUGUGAGGCAGGUGAACGCAACGUGCAUACAAUGCAAAAACAGUCUGCUUGUAAACGGAAGUUGCAUUGGUGUUGAUAGCAACUGCGUAAGACACUCGACAACGACGUGUGAUGUGUGUGCGACAGAAAUCAUCACAACUGCAAACUGUGGAGAAAUCACAGACAACUGCAAAUACACCAAAGUUGUGAGUGGUGUUGGUGAGUGUCUCCAAUGCAAAAGUGACGAGCUGUGUGGACUGCAACAGCAGCACUGCGCAAUUUCAAACAACUCGUUUUGCUAUUUGGCAGAAACUGGCUAUUCUUCAACAACAAAUGGAAUAAUGGAGUGUAUGAGUGGCAGUGUUUGUGUUCAAAUCGGCAACAAUGAAAUUGAUUAUAAGUGUGCAAAUUCAUAUGUGUUUGAUGGCAAAUACAAAUGUCAUGCCGAUGUCAAAUGCAGCAUAACCAAGUCGAGUGAUUGUGUUGGAUGCGUCACAAAUCACCACAUUGAAGACUACGCAUGCACACAAAACACAAUUGCAAAUUGUGAAAUCCAAAACAAAGACAUCUGCAUUAAAUGUGAUGCAACGACAAUCACAUCAAAUGGAAAGUGUUACUCAACUGACAAUUUGGACUGUGCUGUGUUUGAUGAUGUGUGCAAAAAGUGUUCAGCAGACAAAUACAAAACACUUGAGAAGUGUGAACUCAUUGAAACACAAUUCCCAUCAUGCCAGUCUGUUAUUGGAGAACACUGUGCUGAGUGUCAAAUUAACAACAAUUUAAUCGACGGCAUUUGUGUGACAAACACACUACAAAACACAACAAAGAGUUAUUUUAAAUUCAUUUUAAAUCAAUUACAAAACACACAACAAAAAAAUUAUAAAAGUGGCACCAAAACGUUAUUGAAAUUGGAAGAAAACGACGCGUCGAAUUGCAUUGAAAAGAGUUCAAAAGGGUGUUUGCGAUGUGCUGACACGUAUUACAUCGAAAAUGGUGUUUGUGUGAAGUGCGAGUACCCCUGCACAUACUGCUCAAAUCUGACAUUCUGCACAAAGUGUGACCAAUACUCAUAUCCAAACACAAAUGGGAAUUGCACAACUCUUGGAGAAAUUAUAACAACAUGUUUGGCGAUGAUGCCAAAUUACGAUGGAUGUGCUAUUUGCAAAGAUGGUUAUAAAAGAUCCACCGAUGGCAAAAGUUGUGACAAAUGCGAUGAAUCGUGUGCAACGUGUGAUUUCUUUGGUAAUUGUAUUGACUGCAACAACACAUUCUAUCGUAUUGAUACAAACGACAAAUACUGCAGACCACAAAGUGAGUUAAUUGGAUGUGUCAAUUCGAGUACUUAUGGCUGUUUAAUAUGUGGCGAUGGGUAUUAUUUACACACAAAUGUGUGUGAUAAGUGUGAUGACAAUUGCACACUUUGCACAUCACUGACAGAGUGCACAAGUUGUGUUGUAACACAUAUUUUAGUCGACUCACAGUGUGUCCAUUUCUCGAGUAUUUUAAAUUGUGUUUCUGCAUCAGACAACAAGUGCAUGCAAUGUGCUGACAAUUUCAAAGUCAAUACAGAAGGCACUCAAUGCGACAAAAAGACGAACUAUGGCUUGGUCGUUGUUCUUCCAAUUCUUUGUAUAUUAUUAUUAGUAAUAAUACUAUUUAUUAUUAUUAUAACAACGUUGAUCGUUAUACACCGAAAUCACAAAAAAGAACAAGAAAAAGGAAUUUGCGUGUUUGAAAUGAAACGUUCGAAUGUUUCAAUGAAAGUACUCAAAAAUGGGGUAUUAACAAACAAAACUGAAAUUAAUUACAACGACUCGAAUGAAUUUAUUCCAGUGGAAGCGGAGAGUAAAGAACUUCUUUGUACUGGAUUUGCAUGUGAAUUUGAAGUCUUUUUAACUCCCCAUUGUACACUUACUUUGGAAGACAAAAUUGCUGUUGUUACUUUGGAUAUAUCAACAGGGGAAAUGGCGACUUUCCCAAUAAAUUUGUUUGUUAAAACAGAGAAAACGACGCGACUUGACUUCGAUGAUAUUGUUGAAGAGAAGAAACUUGGGGAAGGGUCUUUUGGUAUUGUCUACAAAGGAAAAUAUGAAGGCGCUGUUGUUGCUAUUAAGAAGAUGAAAGAAGCAAAUAACACUACAAGUUCAAUUGCUGAAUUUGAGAAAGAAGUUUCUAUGUUAGACAAAUUUAGAAGUGAUUACAUCAUUCACUUCUAUGGCGCUGUUUUUAUACCAAACAAGAUUUGCAUGGUCACCGAAUUUGCACAAUUUGGGAGUUUACAAGACUUAAUUAAAAACAAAAGAAGUGAAGAAAUUGAGACUAAGUUGCGAGUAAAAAUGAUGAUAGACGCAGCUAAAGGAAUUCUGUAUUUACACGAGAAUGGGAUAUUACACAGAGACAUUAAACCAGACAACAUUCUUGUGUUAUCACUUGAUGUAAAUGAAAAAGUCAAUGCUAAAUUGACUGACUUUGGAUCAUCAAGAAAUAUCAAUAUGCUGCAAACUAACAUGACUUUCACUAAAGGUAUUGGUACACCAAAGUAUAUGGCGCCUGAGGUGUUAGACAGAAAGAAAUACAAGAAAGCGUCCGAUGUUUAUUCAUUUGCUAUGACUAUGUUUGAGGUGUUUCAAUGGGAUUUUGUGUUCAAAAAAGAUGAUGAGAGGUUUCAACACGUCUGGAAUAUCGCCGAUUUCAUUUCUAAUGGUAAACGAUUUGCCAGACCAAAUAAUAUUUCGAUGAAUGAAUUUGAUAUCAUUCAAAACGCUUGGGCACAAGACCCCAAAGAUAGAAUUCCAAUUGGAAAAGUUAUUGAAAAACUGGAGGAAUUAAAUCAUUGA